AUGUCAGUAGAACCAAAUGUAAACAAAAAUGAUAACAAUUGUGAAAAUAUAUCGUAUUCUGAGAAUUCCGAGGUUUCGUCAAAUGGCGAAAAAAGUUCAGUGUCGAUCACAGGAAGCGGGGAUUUGGAAGAAAAUGGGAGAGAUGAGAUGGAGAGGAAGAUUUUGGUGAGGAAAAGAUUUGUGAAGAAGGUUUUUACAAUGGUGGCGGCCAUGGUGAGUAAAUCUUUUGACAGGAAAUUUUGAUAUACUUCGGGAACCAGAACAGGACUAGACAUAAUUUCGAGUUGCAUUAUCCUGGAUUUUAGCGUUACUAAGUUUUUGGUUUUCGAAAUUCGUCCAAAUUUCCACCAAAUUCCUUCUAUGUAUUUCCAGUUUGCCAUCGUCUCUUUAUUCGCCGCGUUUCCAAUGAUGUUCCCAGAUUUCUUAACAUUCUGUCGAGUUCAUUGGCAGCUGUACUAUGCCUCUACGUAAGUUAUCUUGUCAUACAUCAAAACACUCCAACUUCCACAGUAUAUUUCCAGCUCGCUCUUCUUUAUCAUCUAUUUUCUAUUCUAUGGCAUCCAACAAAUCCGGCGAAAAUAUCCAAUCAAUAUUAUAAUUCUGAUGAUUUUCGUGAGUUGAUCCUCGAAAAUUUUCAGAGAUUCCAAAUUAUUUUCAGACCUUCUCGGCUGCUUUUAUGAUCAUGUUUUCUAUCGCAUUUUACGACGUGAGAAGUGUUUUCAUAGCUUUGUUGAUCUCUUCGAUUUGUAGUGCUACAAUUGUAUUUUUCGCAUUUGUAACAGAGAAAGAUCUGACCACGUAAGUAUUUACCGUUAAAGGGACACACCUCAUAGUAAUUCCAGAAUCACUGGCCUUGUAUAUAUAAUCGGUGUUUGCACAGCGGUAUUCUCAUGUGUCGCAUUCUUCUUCGUAUUUUUCUUCAGAUGGUAUCUGCCAUUUUUGAUAUACACAAUAAUUGGAACAUUUUUAUCAAUGCUAUAUUUGGCGAUUGAUUUGCAAUGGAUAGUUGGUGGAAGAUCACAGGAAUGUCCACCAAAUGAUUGGAUUUUUGCCUCGUUGUCUUCGUUUUUGGAUUCUUUGUAUAUAUUUUUCUUCAUUUUAAGUUUUUUGGGAUGGAGGAGUCGAUGA